UCUUACUGUGUGCACAAAAAAUUAUAAAGUAUUCCCUAACCAAACGGAUCUAAUGACAAAUUAUCAUGUCCCUGAUAUUUAAAAAAUCGCCGGUAUCACUAACAGCUAGAUAUCAUGUCGAUAGUAACGCCAUAUCCUCGCUUUUAUCUACCGAUUCCAAUCCCGAUAAUACUAUUGUUUUAGUAUCAAUGUGAAACAAAAAUUCAAUCCAGUCGAUGGUCAAGUGAGACCCGGACGAUUUACAAACUGUGCUCUGUGAAAGUCCUUUUCACACGGUGAGAAAAUUCUCAGGAAGAAUUUCUCACACGGUAAAAAAAAUUUGGCGCUGUGAAUCACCAGUACCGAGCGUUCCCUAUACGCCAUGCCGUCGUUGAAGCUAUUUGGCGUGACAUUCGAUCGAUCAAACGCCACAUAUAUGCCCGGUGAAAUCGUCAAUGGAAAAAUUAUCCUAGACACAAUAAAAGAGAAGCAAGUUAGAGGACUAUAUGUUAGUACGAGGGGGAUAUCGCAUGUCCAUUGGUCCGAAAGUGAUUUAUUAGAUAAUUCAAAGUCGCGAACCUAUAGCAAUUCGGAGGAAUACUACCAUUUCAAGUACAACAUAUUUGGUACACAGGAUUGCCAGGCAGGACAUAAAAUCCCCUACGGACAUAACGAGUAUACAUUUAGCUUCCGAUUGCCCAAUGAUAUACCAUGCAGCUUCGAGCAUACGAAUGGCUACAUAAGAUACACGGUAAAAGCCGUGAUCGAUAGACCAUGGAAGUUCGAUCACGAGUGUAAAGCAGCGUUCACCGUAGUUUCGGAUUUAAACUUGAACCUUCAUCGUGAAAAAUGCUUUGGAAUCAACGAUGGAAUAAGGAAAAGUUUCAAACGCUUGUGCUGGUGCGGGCAAGGCUCGAUGGAUUUGCAGAUCACAGUGCCUUCCUCUGGAUACGUACCAGGCCAGACGAUAAAUACAACGCUGAAUUACAUGAAUUACUCGAAUGAACAGAUUACGAAAGUCAGCGUGACAUUAUUACGAAAACUCCAAUUUUACGCGACAUCGAAGACAUUGAGUAACAUCAAAGUAAUAAAAAAAACGAGCGAUUUUGGACCAUUUCAGAAAAAUGGGCAAAUAACGUCGGAAAUUUUGGUACCACCCAUAGCACCCUCUUAUCUUCAACAUUGUAAAAUAAUAAAUUUAAAUUACGAGUUGAUCGUCUCUGUUCAUAUUUCGGCAGCGUUUUCUAAAAUUAAGAGAACUUAUCCUCUUCUGAUCGGAACGAUACCAUUAUAUUAUCAGUCUUUGCCAUCUCCGUACAACGUCGUACCCUACUCCUCAAACUCAAAUGUGACAAAACCCGCGAUAAUGCCAGUUCCAAUGACGAUGCCAGAACAAGCAAGUGCAGCAAAUAUUCCGACAGCUCCAACACAAGAUCCAGCUAACAGUUCGUCGUUUAACCUGGAUAUACCACCACCAUCCUACGAAGUAGGUUUGUCUUACACUCCACACAUUAGAGAGAUACAUGAAUCGGAAUUAGUAUUGGGUACGAAUACUCCUUUUUCGCCUAAGUAUCCUGUAUACAACUAUCCAGCACCAAGUAAGAUCAUGAAUUCAUUAGGAAACAAUCUAAGUGGUUUUAAUCGUAGAGUGAAUUUUCAGUUGAAUUUCUUGUCUUUCAGGGUUACCCAAUGAAAGAUUAUAGGAACUGAGAGUUGAUUAUCUGGGUGCCUAAUUCGUUCGAAACAUAACAAUAUUCACCAACAGGUGAAAAGCUACGUUGAAGUUUCUGUAUAUGUUUUGACACAAUUUAUUAACUGACUUUAACUAUUUUAUAUGUAUGAUUAUAUACGCAUUUGGACUGUGUUCACAAGCAUAUAAAUAUACUUUUCAUGUAAAAAAAAGUGUACAUUUUGUUAUUGCCAGCUGAAGUUAGAAGGCAUUAGGGAAAAGCAACAGUUUUACGAAAAUGAUAUAUUUACACAAUUUAUUUUUAUAUCUCAACAUUGUCAUAUUGUAAUCAUAAUCAUCAUCGAGUCACAUUAUAAUUAUUAAAAGGAGACAAAAGGGAAAAGUCGAAUAUUAUCUUUAAAAAGGUGAACGAGGAAAAUUUCGUGACAAAAAGUAGCAGUAUAAAAGGAAUGAGAGAUUCGUCGGAAAACCUUGGUAAAUCAAUAGAUCGCAAAUCGGUCGUUCUCAAAAAGGUUUGGAUAAAGAGAAGAGUAAAAAACUUACAAUAGCUCUUGAACACCUCUACUCGUGUAACAUAAGUGGUUAAGAAUAUGGAGGAAAGCUUAUCAACAAGUUGCAAACUUAUCUCGAAUCAUCACUCAUAUAACAUCUACUCUAAAGUGUAUACAGCUCUUGAUACUUUAGCAAAUACACACGGUACAAUUCACAUUUUAAUCACCAAAUGCCCGAGAAACGUGUCAUUGUAGGAACUGAACCCAACCAUCUUAAUGUUAAAGGCUGUCUUAAAUACUGUGAACAGACACGGUCGUCAUUCUUUUUUCUUUGCUUUUCAAGUACGACUUGCUAUCGGAUGACUGUGAAAACUUUUCUUUCGCUCAUAGCGCGAAUCGAGCAAAAUAAUUGAUAUGUGUUCGAACACACUUCGAAAAUAAUGUUCAAUACAGCUAUUAACGGAGGCUAGACAAAGUCAAUUCCAAUUGUACCUUUAUAGUCCAUUGUGGCUGGUCCCAUUACGUGCGUUUAUGUUGUACAUAAUUACAACAAUCGUUCUUAAUUAACUCGUUCCGAAUUAGUUCGUUAAUAUCGUCAAGAUAAAAAUUCCACUCGAGCGUCAAUUUGUUGUUUCCAAAUAAUCAUACAAUCGUAACAACGUUCACAAGAACAUCCGACGCAAUUAAAAAAAGACAGAAAAAAUUGUGCUACGACAAUAUGUUUGUACGAUUUUGUUUCCAAUAUGCUUCAAGUAUAGGAAACGAAUGUGUAAUCCUAAAUUGGCAUUCAGUAUCGUAGAAGUACUCGUGAUGUUUAAAAAUGAAUUCAAAAAUCGUAAAUAUGCGUAAUGGUAUCAUUCUAAAUGGUAAAUACACCUAAUUUUUCUUUGAUAAUUAUCGCAAGGUAUACCAAACGAUAUUAUACCAAAAGUAAUUUUUAGGAAAAGAAAAAAAAUAAGAAGAGUCAAGAAUUGAAUCAAAUAUAUUAAGAAAUAAGAAAAGAAUAAAGCAAAAUCAUAAUUCAUCAACUUACGAGAAGUAUAAAAUUAGUUCUUCGAAGUAAAUGUAGCAAAAGUUCUUGGACUCGCGAUUAUAUAACAAAUAAAAUGGUACUUUUAUAUUUUUGCGUACAACACGUAUCAAUACAUAUGUUCUUGACUCGAUAAUGUUUCCUGACUUUUUUGCCUUUAACUCUGAUUAUUCUGAUUCAUCGGGAGGGGAAAGGAACUGUGCGCUCCGACUUUACAAAAAUUUGUUUCGCUUAUAUUACAAUAACCUUCCCUCGAUUUAAGACAUUCAACCCUUAAUAUAUUAUUAUCAUAAAUAAAUUUGGUCUAUCGGUAAUAUUGUGAAUACGCCGGUAUAAAUACUGGCAGUAUUUGGUUAAGUAAAAAAAUCAUGAUCACUAGAAGAGGUAACUGGUACCGACUGAAUAAAAGAUGAACGGAACAAUUAUUCUCGUGCCAAUUGCGAAUGUUAACCGGUGAGAAACGACACGAUCUAUCAAUCCACGAACACUAUAUUUGGUUGAAUAUAUAUACACGAUUGUUUCUUAAACUACAAGAGAUACCACAGAUAUAUCCACACAAGAGUUGUUUUAUAUCCCAAUAAUUUGAGGAAUAAUCGUGUAUAUACACCUAACUAAACAUACUGUCGAUAAUAAAAGAGAGCAAUAAACGACACGCAUGUUACAACUUCCAGUAAACUUGAUUUAACAUUCUUUCAUGGGAUUAUCGGGGUAUUGCAGAUCUAUUCACGAUACGAUCUAAAUUUCUUGCUCUCCUAUAUUAACACAUUGGCUUACAAUUACAGUAUCAUAAACUCUUAUUUCUCGAAUAUAUUUAGUUUUUAUAUUACAAUAAAAUAUUGCUCUAUCCUCCGUAAAGAAGAAAACGGUAAAAAGGUUGCGCUUAUCCAAUAUUUGGUACAGAUUUAAGAAAUUUUAAUGCCUCGUGAACAGAUCUACCAUGGAACCACCGAUAGGAAAAUAUAGUGAGACAGUAGAUCCAUUUUAAAAACAGCAGUUGUAAAGAUGUCUUUUAACAUUUCCAUUUGAUCCACAAAACUGUCCCGUGUAUUGUAAACUAUGGUGACCCACUUAUUAGUUUCUGCAGCACUUUGUUUUAAAAAAAUAAUCAAUGUGUUGUCGCCACUGCAUGGCGCAACGGGUUCAAGACAAACAUCAACAUUUCGUCUCUACCAUAUUUGUAUACAUACAUUCAAUACAACAUUAACAUUAACUGAGAUGAAGAAAAGGCAAUUUACAUUGUCGCCGUGUGUUGAUCCAAGUCAUGAACCAGAGGACACUGAGUUGUGCACACAUAGCGUGUGUUUUUUAUGGUGUGUGGUAUAUGUCUUUACGUAAUCACUUUACAUUAUUACACUUUUUUU